AUGUCGUCCAUUACCGCCGACUCUAAGCUUACGCUCUUCCUUUGGCUGGAGGGGUUCUUCCCAAAGCAGAUUGUCUACUUUCUCCUCCUCAAAGGCCUUGUCGACUCUCCCUCUCAACUCUACGUGGGCAAGACCAACGAUCCUAGACUCAGCAUCAAAGUUCUUUGUUUCAAUGGUUCUGCCAUUGUGGAUGUCGACCCAAGCGACCCGAAGCCUGCCGGCAAGAGUACCCCUUGCUUGAGGAUCACUGAUCCUACUGGAAAGAAUGAACUACGCUGGGUUCACGAGAGUUCCUCUAUUCGUUUGCUUUUGGAGGAACUAUACCCUGAGAAAACCCCCAUGAUCGGCCCCACGCCCCUCGAGAGAGCCCUCAUGAACGACAUCCACUCGACCAUUCUACAAUCGAUCACGGACUCCAACUACUACAUCAAGAAUGCAGCGGCUGUCACGACGAGCUGGUCAGGUAUGCGGGAUGAAGACAGAAGCCUUGCGGUAGCCCGCCAUGGAAAGGAGAACCAUGUCCGGGCUCUUCUCAAGGCUCAAGAGUGGGCAGCCGAAAGUUUGGAAAAGGGUGGAUGGCUGACUCCUGGCCUUGAUCAUCCUGGGUUGGUGGAUGCUGCGCUUGCGGGUGGUGCGAGAUAUAUGGAACUGAGUUAUUCCUUUGAUUUGUUUGAGGAUGAGCGCUUGGGUUUGUUGAAGGAGUGGUAG